CUCUGUUUGCGUAGCUACCAGCAAAGAUGGCGGAAGAGGGCGCUCCGGGCCGGCGCGGGGAGCGCAGCGAGGAGGGGCCGGCGGAGCGCGGCCCCGGCGCGGCUUUUCACAUGUUCGUGCUCAUGGAAGACCUGCUGGACAAGCUGAAGCUGCUGAGCUACGAGGAGGAGGCGCUGCGGCGCCACAACAUGCGGCCUCUCUCCAGGCACUACUUUGCCCUGCCCACCAACCCUGGUGAGCAGUUCUUCAUGUUCUGCACGCUCUCUGCGUGGCUGAUCACCAAAGCAGGACGUCCCUUCGAGCAGCCACAGGAGUACGAUGACCCCAAUGCAGUGAUUUCAAACGUGCUCUCAGAACUUCGAUCCUUUGGAAGGCCUGUGGAUUUUCCUCCCUCAAAAUUAAAGACAGGUUGUGGAGAACAAGUGUGCUAUGUUCUUGAUUGUUUAGCUGAAGAAGCCUUGAAACACACUGGGUUUAGCUGGAAAAGGCCAGCAUAUCCAACAGAAGAGCCAGAAGAAGAAGAAAUAACAGAAGAUGAUGCAGAAUUGACACUUAAUAAACUGGAAGAGGAUGUUGCAGAAGAAGAGUCAGACAAUGAAGAAAAUUAUAUUGACCUGAAUGUUUUAAAGGCGCAAACGUACAGAUCAAACAUGAAUGACACUGCAAAGCAAGAAGAGAUUUUACAGUCCACAACAGAUGCAGCAGAGUGGAAUCUGGAAGUGGAACGUGUGCUUCCACAGCUGAAAGUCACAGUCAGGACUGACAAUAAGGAUUGGAGGAUUCACGUAGAUCAAAUGCAUCAGCACAAGGAUGGAAUUGAUUCUUCUUUGAAAGAAACUAGGGGUUACCUUGACAAACUCCAUAAUGAAAUCAGCAGAACACUGGAAAAAAUCAAUAGCAGGGAAAAGUACAUCAACAAUCAGUUGGAGCACUUGGUUCAAGAAUACCGUUCAGCACAAGCCUUGCUGAGUGAGGCUAAAGAGAAGUACCAGGAGGGAAGUGGAGGAGUAACUGAAAGGGUUAGAGUGCUUUCUGAGAUUACAGAAGCAUUAGAGAAAGUAAAGCAGGAAACAGAAGAGAAAGGAAGCAGUAUGACUGAUGGUGCUCCUCUAGUGAAGAUUAAACAGGCCUUAACAAAAUUGAGGCAAGAAACCAUUCAGAUGGACAUACAGAUUGGUGUGAUGGAACACACAUUGCUCCAGUCAAAGCUGAAAGAGAAAUCCAAUAUGACUAGAGAUAUGCACGCAACAGUGAUUCCAGAAGCCACAGCAGGUGCCUAUUAAAAUCGGUUGGACCUGACUUGGUUUGCCCAAAAUGCAGUUUUCUACCAUUUGCUUUUUUGUGAGUUCAGAGGUUUUUUUUUUGUUAUUGGGGGAGGAGGAUGUUAUUUUUCCUUUUCCUUUUUAAGAAGAUGCUUGUUAAAAGAUGCAUGUUUUUAAGAAGUAAUGUGCACACUUUAGACUUAAGAGGGAGCCAUGUUUAGUUUUGUGCUGUAAAAAUUUACUGCAUAUCUCUUCCAAAUAUACUAAUAAAUUCUUGUUACUGAA